ACUCCAGUGCCGAGCUCAGUCUUGUGGGCUGCAGCCUCCGUGAGGGCUGCGGGAGGAGUCGCCUCCGGAGUCCCCGACGUGGGAGGAGAAGGCCACGGGCAGCGAGCGGGAACAGGAUGCGCCCUGGUCCAGCAUAACGGAUCUCGAAGCCCGGGGACAUAGCCGUCUUGGGGUUUGCUCAGGGUUCAUACUUGGUGCUUAGACAAACUCAGAAUGAGGAAACAUCGACAUUUGCCCUUCGUGGCCUUGUGCGUCUUCCUCUCAGGCUUUUUGGCGACUCACGGCCAACAGCAGCAGCAAGCAGAUGUCAAAAAUGGUGCCGCUGCCGAUAUAAUAUUUCUAGUGGAUUCCUCUCGGAGCCUUGGGAAGGAGCGUUUCCCACUCGUUCGCCAGUUCCUAUAUGAUGUGAUAGAGUCCUUGGCGGUGGGGGACAGUGAUUUCCAUUUUGCUCUGGUCCACCUCAACGGAAGCGCACAGACCGAGUUCCUGUUAAAUACGUAUCGUACUAGCCAAGAAGUGCUCUCUCACGUCUCCAACAUGUCUUACCCCGGGGCGAGCAAUGAGACCGGACAAGGAUUAGCAUAUAUAAUACAAGAGCACCUCACCACGGCUGCCGGGAGCCGGGCCGCAGCCGGGGUCCCUCAGGUUAUCGUAGUCUUAACCGAUGGACGCUCGGAGGACGGCCUUGCCCUGCCCUCAGCCGAACUUGAGUCUGCUGGCGUUAAUGUGUUUGCCAUUGGAGUUGAGGAUGCACACGAAGGCGCGUUGAGAGAAAUGGCCAGCGAGCCGCUCAGUACGCAUGUUUUCAACCUAGAGAAUCUCACCUCACUUCACGACAUAGUGGGGCGCCUGGUGUCCUGUGUGCACUCCUCCGUGAGUCCAGGAGGGGCUGGGGACUCGGACACUGUUAAAGACAUCACAGCACAAGACUCUGCUGAUGUUAUUUUCCUAAUUGAUGGAUCAGACAACACCGGAAGUGCCCAUUUCGCAGUCAUUCGCGACUUCCUUGUUAAUGUCCUUGAGAGACUGUCGGUCGGAGCUCAGCAGAUCCGAGUGGGGGUGGUCCAGUAUAGCGAGGAGCCCAGAACCAUGUUCUCCUUGGACACCUACUCCUCCAAGGCCCAGGUUCUGGACGCGGUGAAAGCCCUCGGGUUCGCUGGUGGGGAGUUGGCCAACCUCGGCCUGGCCCUCGAGUUCGUGGUGGAGAAGCACUUCACCCGGGCCGGGGGCAGCCGCGUGGAGGAGGGGGUUCCCCAGGUGCUGGUCCUCAUAAGUGGCGGGCCGUCCAGUGACGAGAUCCGCGACGGGGCGCUCGCCCUGAAGCAGGCUAGCGUGUUCUCGUUCGGCCUCGGCGCCCAGGCCGCCCCCCGGGCAGAGCUCCAGCACAUAGCUACCGAUGACAACCUGGUGUUUACGGUCCCGGAGUUCCGUAGCUUGGGGGACCUCCAGGACCAGUUACUGCCCUACAUUGUAGGCGUGGCCCAAAGGCACAUUGUCUUGCAACCGCCAACCAUUGUCACGCAAGUCAUUGAAGUCAACAAGAGAGACAUAGUCUUCCUGGUGGAUGGCUCCUCCAAACUGGGACCGGCCAACUUCAACGCCAUCCGAGACUUCAUCAUCAAAGUCCUGCAGAGGCUGGAAAUCGGGCAGGACCUGAUCCAGGUGGCAGUGGCCCAGUACGCAGACACGGUCAGGCCCGAGUUCUAUUUCAAUACCUACCCCACCAAGAGGGAGGUCAUAACCGCCGUGCGGAGAAUGAAGCCCCUGGACGGGGCGGCCCUGAACACGGGCUCCGCCCUGGACUUCGUUCGCAACAACCUGUUCACGAGCUCCGCCGGCUACCGGGCCGCAGAGGGUGUGCCCAAGCUCUUGGUGCUGGUCACGGGCGGUAAGUCCCUGGAUGACGUCAGCCAGCCGGCCCAGGAGCUGAAGAGGAGCAGCAUCCUGGCCUUCGCCAUUGGGAACAGCGUGGCCGAUCAGGCGGAGCUGGCAGAGAUCGCGUUCGACCCCACCCUGGUGUUCACCACUGCCGAGUUCCGGGCGGCCCCGUUGCAGGCCAUGCUGGGCAACGUGCUGGCGCCCCUGAGGACCCUCUCUGGGACCACGGAAGUUCACGCAAACAAAAGGGAUAUCAUCUUCCUCCUGGACGGCUCGGUCAACGUCGGACAGACCAAUUUCCCUUACGUGCGGGACUUUGUCGUGAGCCUAGUUAACAGCCUCGAUGUCGGAAGCGACAACAUCCGUGUGGGUUUAGUGCAAUUCAGCGACACUCCGGUCACGGAGUUCUCGCUAGACACGUACCAGACCAAGCCCGAGCUGCUGGCUCACCUGCGGCAGCUGCAGCUCCAGGGCGGGGCGGGCCUCAACACGGGCUCGGCCCUGAGCUAUGUCCAUGCCAACCACUUCUCCGAAGCCGGCGGCAGCAGGAUCCGGGAACACGUGCCGCAGCUCCUGCUCCUGCUCACGGCCGGGCCGGCUCAGGACUCAUACCUGCCAGCUGCCAAUGCCCUGGCCCGCGCGGGCAUCCUGACCUUUUGUGUGGGGGCCAACCGGGCCAAUAAGGCCGAGCUGGAGCAGAUCGCUUUUAACCCCAGCCUGGUGUAUCUCAUGGACGAUUUCAGCUCCCUGCCGGCUUUGCCACAGCAGCUGAUUCAGCCCCUGACCACUUACGUUAGUGGAGGCGUGCAGGAGGUUCCGCUCGCCCAGCCAGAGAGCAAGCGAGACAUCCUGUUCCUCUUGGAUGGCUCCGCCAAUCUCGUGGGCCAGUUCCCUGCCGUCCGCGACUUCCUGUACAGGAUCAUCGAGGAGCUGGACGUGCAGCCGGAGGGGACGCGGGUGGCCGUGGCUCAGUACAGCGAUGACGUCAGGGUGGAGUCACGUUUCGAUGAGCACCAGAACAAGCCGGACAUCCUGAGCCUGGUGAAGAGGAUGAAGAUCAAGACCGGCAAAGCCCUGAACCUGGGCUAUGCGCUGGACUACGCGCAGAGGUACGUGUUCGUGAAGUCGGCGGGCAGCCGUGUUGAGGACGGCGUGCUGCAGUUCCUGGUGCUGCUGGUGGCCGGCCGGUCCUCCGACCGCGUGGACGGCCCGGCGGACAACCUGAAGAGGAGCGGCGUCGUGCCCUUCAUCCUCCAAGCCAAGAACGCGGACCCCAGCGAGCUGGAGAAGAUCGUGCCCUCCCCUGCCUUCAUUCUGGUCGCCGAGUCGCUCCCCAAGAUCGGGGACCUGCAGCCUCAGAUUGUGAACCUCCUCAAAUCCGUGCAGAACGGGGCCCCGGCGCCAGUCUCAGGUGAGAAGGACGUGGUGUUCCUGAUCGACGGCUCCGAGGGCGUCCGCAGCGGCUUCCCUCUGCUGAAGGAGUUUGUGCAGAGAGUGGUGGAGGGCCUGGACGUGGGCCCGGACCGCGUCCGCGUGGCCCUGGUGCAGUACAGCGACCGCACCAGGCCUGAGUUCUACCUCAACUCCUACAUGGACCGGCAGGGCGUCCUCGGCGCCAUCGGCAGACUGGCCCCGCUGGGCGGGCCGACCCCCAACACGGGGGCCGCCCUGGACUUUGUCCUGAGGAACAUCCUGGUCGGCUCGGCGGGCAGCAGGAUGGCAGAGGGCAUCCCGCAGCUGCUCAUCGUGCUGACGGCCGACAGGUCUGGGGACGACGUGCGGGGCCCCUCGGUGGUGCUGAAGAGGGGCGGGGCCGUGCCCAUCGGCAUCGGCAUUGGCAACGCCGACAUCUCGGAGAUGCAGACCAUCUCUUUCAUCCCCGACUUCGCCGUGGCCAUCCCCACCUUCCGGGAGCUGGGGACGGUGCAGCAGGUCAUCUCGGAGCGGGUGACCCAGCUCAAUCGGGAGGAGCUCAGCAGGCUGCAGCCGAUCUUCCUGCCUCCCCCGAGCCCAGGUGCGGGCAGCAAGAGGGACGUGGUCUUUCUCAUCGACGGGUCGCAGAACGCCGGCCCUGAGUUUCAGUACAUCCGCACCCUCAUCGAGAGGCUGGUCGAGUACCUGGACGUGGGCUUCGACACCACCCGCGUGGCCGUCAUCCAGUUCAGCGAGGACCCCAAGGUGGAGUUCCUGCUGAACGCCCACUCCAGCAAGGACGAGGUGCAGAGCGCCGUGCGGCGGCUGCGGCCCAAGGGCGGGCGGCAGCUCAAUGUCGGCAGCGCCCUGGAGUACGUGUCCAGGAACAUCUUCAAGAGGCCGCUGGGCAGCCGGAUCGAGGAGGGCGUGCCGCAGUUCCUGGUGCUGGUCUCCUCGGGGAAGUCGGACGAUGAGGUGGACGACUCCGCGGCCGAGCUCAAGCAGUUUGGCGUGGCCCCGUUCGUCGUGGCCAGGAGCCCCGACCGCGAGGAGCUGCUCAAGAUCUCACUGAGCCCCGAGUACGUGUUCUCCGUGAGCACCUUCCGGGAGCUGCCCAGCCUGGAGCAGAAGCUGCUGACGCCCAUCACGACCCUGACCGCCGAGCAGAUCCAGCGGAUUCUGUCCGCCACCAGCUACCCGCCCCCAGCUGUUGAGAGCGACGCGGCCGACAUCGUGUUUCUCAUCGACAGCUCUGACAGUGUCAGACCCGACGGCCUCGCACACAUUCGAGACUUUGUCGGCAGGAUCGUGCGUAGACUCCACAUUGGUCCCAGUAAAGUGAGGAUCGGGGUCGUGCAGUUCAGCAACGAGGUCUUCCCAGAGUUCUACCUGAAGACUUACAAGUCUCAGGGCCCCGUGCUCGAAGCCAUCCGGCGCCUGAGGUUCAAGGGGGGGUCUCCACUGAACACCGGCAAAGCCCUGGAGUUUGUGGCGAGAAAUCUCUUUGUGAAGUCAGCUGGGAGCCGGAUCGAGGACGGGGUGCCCCAGCACCUGGUCCUGUUCCUCGGGGGAAGGUCCCAGGAUGACGUCUCGAGGUUUGCGCAGGUGCUGCGUUCCUCCGGGAUCGUGAGCUUGGGCGUGGGAGACCGAAACGUCGACAGGGCGGAGGUACAGAGCAUCGCCAACGACCCCAGGCUGGUGUUCACCGUGCGGGAGUUCACCGACCUCCCCAGCAUAGAGGAGAGCGUCAUGAGCUCCUUCGGGCCCUCCGGGGCCACCCCUGUGCCGCCGGGCGUGGAUGUGCUUCCUCCUUCUCGGCCAGAGAAGAAGAAGGCGGACAUCGUGUUCCUGCUGGACGGGUCCAUCAAUUUCCGGAGGGACAGCUUCCAGGAAGUGCUCCGGUUCGUGGCCGAGAUCGUGGACACGGUGUACGAAGAGGGCGACUCCAUCCAGGUGGGGCUGGUGCAGUACAACUCCGACCCCACGGACGAGUUCUUCCUGAAGGACUUUUCCACCAAGAGGCAGAUCAUCGACGCCAUCAACAAGGUGGUCUACAAGGGGGGCAGGCACGCCAACACCAGGGUGGGCAUCGAGCACCUGCGGACGAACCACUUCGUGCCCGACGCCGGCAGCCGCCUGGACCAGAGGGUGCCUCAGAUCGCCUUUGUGAUCACCGGGGGCAAGUCGGUGGAGGACGCCCAGGACGUGAGCCUGGCGCUCACCCAGAAAGGCGUCAAAGUGUUUGCCGUGGGCGUGAGGAACAUCGACUCCGAGGAGGUGGCGAAGAUCGCGUCCAACAGCGCCACCGCCUUCCGCGUGGGCAACGUGCAGGAGCUGUCGGAGCUCAGCGAGCAAGUGCUGGAAACUCUGCACGACGCCAUGCACGAGACCCUGUGCCCCGGGGUGUCUGACAUCUCCAGAGCCUGCAACCUGGAGGUGAUUCUGGGCUUUGACGGCUCCAGAGACCAGAACAUCUUUGUGGCCCAGAAGGGCCUCGAGUCCAAGGUGGACACCAUCUUGAAUAGGAUCAGCCAGAUGCAAAGGAUCAGCUGUAGCGGCAGCCAGACGCCCACCGUGCGGGUGUCCGUGGUGGCCAACACGCCCACCGGCCCGGUGGAGGCCUUCGACUUUGACGAGUACCGGCCGGAGCUGUUCGAGAAGUUCCGCGGGAUGCGCAGCCAGCACCCGUAUGUGCUCACAGCUGACACGCUCCGGCUGUACCAGAACAAGUUCCAGCAGGCCUCGCCCGACAGUGUGAAGGUGGUCAUUCACUUCACUGACGGGGUGGACGGAGACCUGGCGGACUUACACAGAGCUUCCGAGGAGCUCCGGCAGCAAGGUGUCCGAGCCCUGAUCCUGGUGGGCCUGGAACGCGUGGCCAACCUGGAGCGGCUGACGCAGCUGGAGUUCGGGCGUGGCUUCAUGUAUGACAGGCCCCUGAGGCUUAACCUGCUCGACCUGGAUUACGAACUCGCCGAGCAGCUGGACAACAUUGCCGAGAAAGCUUGCUGUGGGGUCCCCUGCAAAUGCUCCGGAGAGAGGGGAGACCGAGGCCCCAUCGGCAGCAUCGGGCCAAAGGGCAUUUCUGGGGAAGAUGGCUACCGAGGCUAUCCUGGCGACGAGGGUGGACCUGGUGAGCGUGGUCCGCCCGGUGUGAACGGCACACAAGGAUUCCAGGGCUGCCCCGGCCAGCGAGGCGUGAAGGGCUCCCGAGGAUUCCCUGGGGAGAAGGGUGAGCUGGGCGAGAUCGGGCUGGACGGGCUGGACGGUGAAGAAGGAGACAAAGGGCUGCCCGGGACGUCGGGAGAAAAAGGGAGUCCCGGGAGAAGGGGGGAUAAAGGGCCGAAAGGUGACAAGGGAGAACGGGGCGACGUCGGCAUCCGCGGGGACCCGGGUGACUCGGGACAGGACAGCCAGCAGAGAGGACCCAAAGGAGAGACAGGUGACCUUGGCCCCAUGGGUCUCCCCGGGAGAGAUGGCGUUUCCGGAAGUCCUGGAGAAAUUGGGAAGGAUGGUGGCCUUGGCCGGAGGGGACCUGCAGGAGCUAAGGGCAACAGGGGUGGCCCCGGCCAGCCGGGCUUCGCGGGAGAGCAGGGCACCAGAGGUGCACAGGGCCCACCUGGUCCCACAGGGCCUCCAGGCCUGAUCGGUGAGCAAGGCAUUCCAGGACCUAGGGGAAGCGGAGGGACUGCCGGGCCUCCGGGAGAACGCGGCAGGAUUGGGCCCCUGGGGAGAAAGGGUGAGCCUGGAGAGCCGGGACCAAAAGGAGGCGUCGGCAGCCGUGGCCCUCGUGGGGAGACGGGCGACGACGGGCGAGAUGGAGUUGGCAAUGAGGGACGCAGAGGCAAGAAAGGAGAACGAGGUUUUCCCGGAUACCCAGGGCCGAAGGGUACCCCUGGUGAGCCCGGGGCGGACGGAGCACCAGGACCCAAAGGCGUGAGAGGCCGGAGGGGAAAUUCAGGACCUCCAGGGACUGUUGGGCAGAAGGGAGACCCCGGCUACCCAGGACCCUCUGGCCACAAGGGCAACAGAGGCGACUCCAUCGAUCAAUGCGCCCUGGUCCAGUCCAUCAAGGACAAGUGUCCCUGCUGCUAUGGGCCCCUGGAAUGCCCCGUCUUCCCCACGGAGCUGGCCUUUGCCUUGGACACCUCGGAAGGUGUCACUCAAGACGUGUUCAACCGCAUGAAAGACGUGCUCCUGAGUGUCGUGGGCAACCUGACCAUCGCGGAGAGCAACUGCCCGCGCGGUGCCCGCGUGGCCGUGCUCAGCUACAACAAUGAGGUGACCACGGAGAUCCGCUUCGCGGACUCCAGGAAGAAGUCGGCGCUGCUGAACAAGAUCAACAACCUCCAGGUGUCUCUGACGCGCAAGCAGCAGAGCCUGGACACGGCCAUGUCGUUCGUGGCCAGAAACACGUUUAAGCGCGUGCGCAGUGGCUUCCUGAUGAGGAAGGUGGCCAUCUUCUUCAGCAACAGGCCCACGCGCGCGUCCCCCCAGCUCAGGGAGGCUGUGCUGCAGCUCUCGGACGCGGGCAUCACCCCCUUGUUCCUCACGAGCCAGGAGGACCGGCAGCUCAUCAACGCCCUGCAGAUCAACAACACGGCGGUGGGGCACGCCCUCGUCCUGCCCGCCAGGAGGGACCUGGCCGGCUUCCUGCAGAAUGUCCUCACCUGCCACGUCUGCCUGGACAUCUGCAACAUCGACCCAUCCUGUGGAUUCGGCAGCUGGAGGCCGGCCUUCAGGGACAGGCGGGCAGCGGGCAGUGAUGUGGACAUUGACAUGGCUUUCAUCCUGGACAGCUCUGACACCACCACGCUGUUCCAGUUCAACGAGAUGAAGAAGUACAUCGGGUACCUGGUCAGACAGCUGGACAUAAGCCCGGACCCCAAGGCCUCCCAGCACUUUGCCAGAGUGGCCGUAGUGCAGCACGCACCCUACGAGUCCCUGGACAAUACCAGCGUGCCCCCCGUGAAGGUGGAAUUCUCCCUGACUGACUAUGGCUCCAAGGAGAAGCUGGUGGACUUCCUCAGCCUGAGGAUGAAGCAGCUGCAGGGGACUCGGGCCCUGGGCAGCGCCAUUGACUACACCAUAGAGCGCGUCUUCGAAAGUGCCCCCAACCCGCGCAACCUAAAGAUCGUGGUCCUGAUGCUGACGGGCGAGGUGCAGAAGCAGCAGCUGGUGGAGGCCCAGAGGGCCAUCCUGCAGGCCAAGUGCAAGGGCUACUUCUUCGUGGUCCUGGGCAUCGGCAGGAAGGUGAACGUCAAGGAGGUGUACAGCUUCGCCAGCGAGCCCAGCGACGUCUUCUUCAAGCUGGUGGACAAGUCCACGGAGCUCAAUGAGGAGCCCCUGAUGCGUUUCGGGAGGCUGUUGCCCUCGUUCGUCGGCAGUGACAAUGCGUUUUACCUGCCCCCUGACAUCAAGAAACAGUGUGACUGGUUCCAAGGGGACCAACCGGCCAAGAAUUCCAUGAAGUUUGGUCACAGACAAGUAAAUGUUCCAAAUAAUGUUACUUCAAGUCCGACAUCUAAACCAGUGACCACAACAACACCGGUGACCACCACAACGAAACCAGUAACCAUUGUAAACUUGCCAGCUGCAAAGCCAGCUGCCGCGAAGCCUGUGGUGGCAAAGCCCGUGGCCGCCAAGCCCGUGGCCGCCAACCCUGUGUCCACAAAACCCGUGGCUGCCAACCCGGUAGCUGCAAAGCCCAUGGCCGCCAACCCCGUGGCCGCGAAACCCAUGGCUGCCAACCCGGUGGCUGCGAAGCCCGUGGCUGCUAACUCUGUGGCCGUGAAACCUGUGGCUGCCAGCCCUGUGGCCGCGAAGACAGCCACGGUGAGACCUGCAGUGGCUGUGAAGCCAGCAGCAGCAAAGCCAGCAGCCGGAAGACCCCCUGCCGCUGCUGCAAGACCAGUGGCCAGCAAGCCCGAGGCCCCCAAGCCACAAGCUGCCAAACCAGCCGCUGCCAAGCCUCUGGUGAAGCCGUCCCGGCUGGUGCAGGUGGCCGAGAUCACGGAGAGCAGUGCCAGGCUGCAGUGGGAGAGGCCUGAGCCCCCGGGACCUUACUUCUACCAUCUCACCGUCACCAUGGCCCCAGACCAGGUCCUGGUCCUGAAGCAGAACCUCACAGCCACGGAGCGUGUCGUCGGGGGGCUGCUGGCGGGGCAGACCUACCACGUGUCGGUAGUCUGCUACCUGCGGACGCAGGUCAGAGCCACCUACCAAGGAACCUUCAGCACCAAGAGACCUCAACCUGCAGCUCUGCAGCCCCCACGCUCAGCCUCCAGCGCGGCCAUCAAUCUCAUGGUGAGCACAGAGCCGCUGGCGCCCACGGCGACAGACAUCUGUAAGCUGCUGAAGGACAUGGGCACCUGCAGGGACUUCGUGGUGAGGUGGUACUACGACGCGAAGACGGGCAGCUGUGCGAGGUUCUGGUACGGCGGCUGCGGCGGGAACGAGAACAACUUUGGCUCCCAGGAAGAGUGCAUGAAGCUGUGUGCGCCAGACUCUCCGCUCCCGAAGCCCGACGUGGAGGUCAUCGGCGGGAAGCCGGAGGUCGAGGUUGAGCACGCGAAGCCCGAGAUGCAGGUCGUGCACGCGGUGGGAAGCUAAGCCGCGUGGCAGGCGGCACUUACCUCUAGCAGCGGGAGCAGCCCCUGUCGGAGCCCGGGCGGGGCUCCCGCGCAUGGCGCCCUCCGUGCUCUGACUGCCACUCGGACGGGGGGCCCUCCUUCUGCCGCAUGACCUGUCAGUAUGGUGCUAUGUGUCUGUGGACCCUCGCCGGCCGCUGCCGCGGCGCAGGUGAAACCCCCGCGGGAGUUGUGUGCCAGGCCCGUUCGGCGGAACGUAAGGUCUGGAAGAGAACCCCAAAGCCACAGCUCCUCUCUGCUUUUGCUGGGCUCCUGUCCCUCUGAUGAGGCGUAGCUUUAGGUGGAAGCCUGCGUGGCCGAGACAGGCCAGGCCGACGUCCCGUUUCCUCCCCCUCCCUGGACCAGUCUUCAAGUUCACGUUCUUUCUCCAACGCCCCCAGCAAGCCACGUAGUUAGAAGGAAGCGAGACCCCUCACCCUCUCCGGCUCUCAACACCUCCGUGAAGGAACGAGAAGGGAAAGUCAUCACACAGACUUCCGGCAUUCCUCCAAUGUUAUGUGAUUUUUUUUUUUUUUUUUGUGCAGGGGGGGUUAAUUUUAAUUUUUAAAUGUUUAGGAAAUUUAUACAAAGGAACUUUUUAAUAAAGUAUAUGGAA